AUGCGCGAAGUGAGUCAAGCCGAACGAGACUUUCAGAAUCUUAUUGAACCGCUCAACACACGAUUUCGCGACUACCAAAGGCAGGAUCCAUACGAAUAUCGCAUGAUCGACAUUGAUGGUAUGGACCCAAUUAAAGUUUUGAGUACUUUCCACAGUAACGAAAAGGCUCGGCGGUUCAUCAAUGAUGUCGCAAAGCUUUGCACGAAGCCCACCUUUAUCCCCGUGCUCAACCAAACCGUUUCUACGUCUGGCGAGCCGGGCAAGAUCUCGCCUUGCGCGUUUAUCCUAGCACAUGCUGUUCAGGUACUUCUCUUCGCCCCUCAGGAUUGGGACCCCAAUCGUGUCUACACCAGAGAUCAAAACGCCUAA